AUGAAUACAUUAGAGUGCCCUCAUGGUUGUGGUAGAACUUUUGAUGAUAACAAAAAAAUGGAUGAUCAUAUAAAAAGAAGACAUUUUCUAUAAUAGAGAGUAUAUCCUAGUCUAUAUGAGAAUACAAAUGUAAAUAUGAUGCAAAAAAAAGUAAAUGUAAUAAGACAAAAAUUACCUUAAUUACAUGAUAAUCAUUUGCAAACUUAAUAAUAAUCUACCAUAACAUAAUAAUAAAUUUCUGAAUCUGUUAUACAACAAUUACCCCCAAAACCUAUUUCGAAAAUAUAAUUACAAUUCAAAAAAAAUCAGAUUCUUCGUCCAAAUUCAAGCAAUAGAAAAUUAGAGGAUGUAUAAAAAAUUGGUGAUUAAAAAGAUAAGGAUUAAAAUGAUAAUAAAGAGAUUUAAAAGAAUGUAAAGAUAAUUGAACCCUCUCCAGUUAUAUCAGCAUAGGAUUUAGUAGAAGCAAGAAAAAUUAUAACUAAAUAAUUUAUUUGUACUAAUAGUGAUGGUUCUGAUUUAGAAUCAGUAACACAUUUAUCUCUUAUUGACAAAAACCUCUUGAUUUUUGAAAGCACUACAGAUGUCCAAUUUUAAGAAUUAAUGUAAUCCUAUAUUAAAUUAGUAGUGCCUUAAAGAGUCUCUCAUUAUCAUAAAACAAAUUGAUAAAUGUCAUAGGAAUUAGUGUAUUACACAAUAUUGUAGAUUUGAAUAUUAACAACAAUAAAAUAACAACUCUCUAACCUUUAGGAGAAUGCAAAAGACUCUAAAAAUUGUAUGCAAAUCAUAAUCUAAUCAAUACCAUAGAUAUUGGGUUAAUGAUUCAUUUAAAAAUAUUUUAAAUUGGAAAUAACUAAAUUACUGAUUUUGAACAUUUGGUUUAUAGCAUUAAAUUAAUGCCUAGUCUUAAAGACCUAGUCAUUGAAUAUAACCCUUGUACAUAAAAAUAUGCUUACAAAUACGAUAUUUUAUGGACAGUAUUUUUAGAUAAGUUGGAUAAUCAGAUUAUUACUUAAUAAGAUUACAAUUUGGCCUAAGCUUUCAAGGACAGCAAAUAAGAAUCUAAAUUAUCAUAGAGUAUAAAUUUUUAAAAGGGACUUAGACCAUAAACAGCUUCAACAAUGAAUAAUAAUACAUUUUAAUAGGAUACAUAUAAUGAUAAUUCACAAUCUAAUAUAAUGAUGGAAUAGUUAAAUUAUGAGUUGGAAGAAGAAAUAGAAGAAUUAUAUGAGAUAAAUUCUAAUAAUAGAGAGAAAAUAGAUAAAUUAGAGAAGUAGAAUGUUGAAUAUAGACUUAUUGCUGAUAGAGUUCCAUUUUUAGAAGAAUAAUUACAAGAUAUGAGAUCAAAGAUAAGUGCUUAUUAAACUUUGAUAAUAUUCAAAGAUUCACCUGAUCAUGAAUUAAGGAAACACAUAUUUGCUUUAACUUAAGAAUUGGAAAGAUUAAAAAGUAAUAAUAAUACUGUUGAAAAUUAUGAAGAAGAAAAUUAAACUAAAUUUAAUAUGAAUUAAUCAAAAUUCUAGAAUACAGAAACAACAUUUAUAUAAUAAUUAUCUUAAGCAGAAAGUGAUAAUGAAAAUAAGGAGGAUGAAGAUGAUGAUGAUAAAUAUUUGUAAUAUAUUGAAUUUAUUAAUUUAGCCGAGAUGAUGAAAAUAUUUCAUAAAUUCCAGGAUAAGAAAUAAUGGAAUUGAUUAUGAGAAAUUCAAUGACUUUAAGCAAAUUAAAAAGUGAAUUCAAAGAUAUCAAUUGAUUCUUCUAUUUGAUAAUUAAAUAUAUUAAAUAUAUAAAUAAAAAAGUCAAUAAUGUCAGAAUAUUUUAGAAAAUACAUUAAAAAAGAAUAUUAUGGAAAUCAUUAGUAAUUUUUAUUAACAAAUUGUUUAGUACAAAUAUCAAAUAUAAAACAUCAUUUAGAAAUUGUAUUUUAGAAGUAUGAUUGCAUGAAUAAUGAAAGGCAUUUAAGAGGAGAAAUUGGAAAGAAACUGAUGGUGACGAUUGGGAUAUUAUGUGGGCUGAGAAAGAAUGGAUUCAUGAAGUUAUGGAUCAUAUUCACUUAUAAUCUCAUUAAAAAAUUAAUCAUUUUCGUAAUCAUUAUGAGGUAAUUAUUUUUAAUAUUAAAUUAGUUAACUCGCAAAGAUCUCAUGAUUAAAAAUUUAAAGAAAUAAAAAAGAGCAUUAGAAAAAGAAGGAAAAAUUGAUGAAGCAAAUGCGUAAUUAAAGUAAUUUAACUAUUUUAGUUAUAAUUUCUUUCCACUUACUUAUCAUUUACCUAGUGAAUAUCCUAUCUUUAAUGAAGAAUUUAAAAAGUAAGGUGAAAAUAAAACUGCAUGGAUUAUGAAACCAGUACAAAAUUUAUUUAAUUAUCUUAUAUAGAUAGGUAAAUCUUAGGGAAGAGGCAUAUUCUUAUUUAACAAAAUAUCAUAGAUUUCUUAAUGGAAGAAUCAAGUUAAGUUUAAUCCUGAAAAUCCCUCUGCAGAAUCAUAUAUAGUUUAAAGAUAUAUUGCUGAUCCACUUUUAAUUGGAGGCAAAAAGUUUGAUACUAGAAUCUACUUGUUGUGUACUUCUUAUUCCCCUUUAACUUUAUAUUUAUAUCGUACAGGAUUUGCUCGAUUCACUCAUCAUAGAUAUGAUAAUGAAGAUAUUACAAAUGCUUGUAUACUUAUUGCAUGAAGAUUUAGAUGUUCAUUUAACAAAUGUGGCCAUCCAAAAGAAUUCAGAAAAUUACGAUGAUAAAUUAGGAGGUAAAUGGGAUUUAUAAAAAUUGAAACUAUUUUUAAUGACAAAGUAUGGAUAGGAUAAGGUUUAAGAAUGUUUUUAUAAUGUUCAAUAAUUAAUGAUUAAAUCUUUAUUAGCAGUUCAAAAAAUUAUCAUAAAUGAUAAACAUUGUUUUGAAUUAUAUGGAUUUGAUAUCUUAUUUGAUUCUCAAUUAAAGCCUUGGCUUUUGGAAGUGAAUGCAAGGUAUAAAACAAGUAAAUUAACAAAAGUCCUUCAAUGACAUCUAAUACACCAAUUGAUUUUGAAUUAAAAUGUGGAUUAUUAGAUGAUGUUUUUACAAUUAUUGAUUUUGAAAAAAUAUUAAAUGGAAAUGAGGAAUAAAUUGGAGGCUUUGAUUUAAUUUAUAAAGGAGGUCCUAUAAAAAAUAAUUAUAAUUGUUCUUCAAUAUCAUUUCUUGGUACUUUUAAUAAUAGAAAAAUAUAAUUGAAGAAAUUAGCAAAGACAUGUGGUAAGUAAUUAUGAAUAUUAAUCUUAAGCAUUAAAUAUGGCACAUGGGAAUGAUAAGUAAUAAAUUAAAAGUUCUGAAGGAACUAAAAAGGAAAAAGAAGAAAAAGAAAAGUAAAUGAGGAGUUCAUCAAAGAGUUCAUAAAUUACAUAAGUAGUAUUUUGAAUUGAUAAAAGAACUAAAAUAAUAUAAAUAAAGGAGUAAUCAAUAUUAAAAGAAAUUCUACAGAUUUACCUAUUUUAAUGAAUAAAUAAAAUGCAAUAAGGAAAUUGGCUAUACAAAAUAGUCAACAAAAAUAGAAAAUAUAAAUAUAACAAUAAAAAGGGGAAUAUUAAAUUUCAAAUUAAAAUAAAGUGUAUGAGAUUUAGUUAUUAAUUUAGAAUAUCUUAAUUAAAUAAUUCUUCAUUCAGUCCAAAUGUUAAAAUAGAGAUUAAUUCAAAUCAGUAGAAUAAUAAUAUACCUAAGGAUAGUUUUAGAACUUUACCAAAAAUAGUAAAAGAUGAAUCUUAUAUUUCAGAUGUUUGA